GCUCCAUGUUUACGGAAGGGAGUCUGACGACCACGACCAUAUCAGUGUGAAAUGUUGAAAAACAGCCACGUAGGCCUAUAGUUCAUUUGUCUCGUUUAGAAUAGUAAACUACUGUCUUAUGUCGAAGGAUACAGCUAGCUAAGCUACAAAGGCAGUAGCUAGCUAGACAGCCAAAAAACGUCAACUCGACUAAAAGUCAUAUCUCAGUACUAGGAAGGGGUUCUCAAGGUAGGCUAUUCACUGACUGUAGCUACAGUAUUAUUUAUUUAUUUAUUCUCGUCAUUUUAGCAGACGCUCUUAUCCAGAGCGACUUACAGGAGCAAUUAGGGUUAAGUGCCUUGCUCAAGGGCACAUCAACAUAUUUUUCACUUAGUUGGCUCUGGGAUUCAAACCAGCAACCUCUCAGUUACUGGACCAACGCGCUCAACCACUAGACUACCUGAGCCUUUAUGGCACAGUCAGGUGAUAUUGCGCUCGCCCUGUAACUGGGGUUGCUUGUUCAAACCCUGCUACGGCUUUUCCUCUCAAUCGCUGCAACAUGAUACCAUAUUUCCUAUCUCAGUACAGGUAGACCUGACCAGACCUCUCUCCAGCACCAUGUGGGAUCAGGAGAUCAGACAUAUGGCAUCCAGCCACGCCAUCAUGGCAUCGGGGGUGUUUAUGGCGACAGUGGUGCCAGCGGUGUUAGUGCCGGGCUUCUCUGUGUAUGGGACACACCUGCUGUGGCAGUACUCUGUUGCCGGGGUCGUCGCUGUGGUCAACAUCACCCUGUUCUGGCUGCUGGGGGUCAGCCCCCCUACCAAGAAACACACUAUCACCUACAAGGUAAACACACAGUCACCUGCAAGGUACAGAAACACACACUCACCUGCAAGGUAAAAAGGAAUACUCACAUCUAUGAGGAUAUGAUCAGUUUUUUUAUUACAGAACUGAAUGGUAUGAUCAUCUCCUCUUCCUCUCCUCCCCCCUCCAGGUGUCUAGGUUGGUGCGUUCCUGUCUCUACCUCCUCCUCUCCUGUCUGUUCUUCCACACUGUAGUGGUCCUGUAUGGAGCACCGCUACUGGAGUGAGUUCUGCCAAGACUGUGUUUCCACCUGCCAAUAUUGAGUGUGUCAGAUUGGCCCCGUGUAGCUCAGUUGGUAGAGCAUGGCGCUUGCAACGCCAGGGUUGUGGGUUCGAUUCCCAUGGGGGGCCGGUAUGAAAAAAAAUGUAUGCACUCACUAACUGUAAGUUGCUCUGGAUAAGAGUGUCUGCUAAAUGACUAAAAUGUUAAUGUAAUUAUUUGUGUUGAAAGUCUUUAGAAGUCUUUGUUUCUGACUCUUUCACUGUGUUUGUGUGUUAGGACUGCAUUGGAGACAUUCUCUCUGGCGGUGUUGUUGACCAGUCUAACCACUCUGAGGUGUGUGUGUGUCCUCGGGCCCAACGUCCAGGCCUGGAUAAGAGUCUUCAGCCGACAUGGGUACUACCUCUGACUCUCUCGCUCUCUUUCACUCUCUCUUUCUGUCUCGCAUUUCCUUAUCCUCUUAUUUUCUCUCACAUUCUAGUCAAACUCUCUCUCCAACUACCUCUUCCUCUUUAUCUUCCUUCCUUCCCUCUCUCUCUCUCUCUCUCUCUCUCAGACAGAGACAGUCUGUCUGUCUGUACUGUAUGUCCACUGGGAGACAGUCUCUACCACUACAUCACAAGCUUCACAAUGUCGAUGCUUUGUGUGUGUGUAAAAUGUAUACUUGUGUGAUUGUUUUAGGGCCAUGUCGGUGUGGGACACCUCUCUACAGAUGGUGGUCGGCUGCAGUGUUGUGGGAGCCUGGCUGGGAGCCUUCCCUAUCCCUUUGGACUGGGACCGACCCUGGCAGGUCAGAACACACACACAGAGAAAGGCCAUGAGUAGAGCUGACACGAUUCCUUACUUUGUAUAUCAGCAAGCCAUGAUUGUUCUACACAAUAUAUUUCUAUCACAACAUUGUUCCCUGUAGGUGUGGCCUGUGUCCUGCAGUCUGGGUGGAGUGAUUGGUUACCUGACUGGGCUAGUCGUCGCCCCCGCCUGGAUACACUGGCACCGGAAACACCUCACCUACAAGAGCAAGUGAUGGACAAGUCAGAGGGAGUGAGAGAGAAUGUGUAUGUAUGUGUGUUGUAUGUGUGUGCAUGCUUGUUAUGUCACUCCCCCAGGCUGCUGAUAAAUUAUCCCUGUAGUAAUCCGGCUGUAUUGCUUUGGUAUCUGAAUAUUUAUUGGGCUGUUGGAGUGGACAGGCCCUCUCCUGUAAAAUAUGAUGUUGCCAUGUAAAAAGAUUCCAGACGUCGUCUUUUUUUUUUUUUUUUACAAAUAAAGUCUUAGUUCUUUACACAUGUUAUUUUUAUUCCUCUGAUGUUUUUUCCCAAUAGGCUUCUAAUAGGGUUUUUACAGACAAAACCCAUAGUUGUACCACUACAGCUGUGCAUUACAUACACACACACACACUGCCACUAUACCAUGAAGUACAAGGAACUGUCCGUAGAUCUCCG